CCUACCAAGCAGCGUUGACUUCACCACACUAAUGACGGCCCAACGCAGCGAUCCGGAGUUGCAGCACCUACUGAAGUCCACAACCAGCGCCUUGAAGCUGCAAUGGGUAGAUGGGCCGACAGGAGCUGUAUGUUGUGACAUGUCUACCGGUAGGGCCUGACCGUUCGUGCCCCCGGAUCUUCGCCGCAACAUUUAUGAAUCGCUGCACGGCCUCUCGCAUCCAGGAAUCCGAGCCACUCAGCGACUCUGCACAGCUAGGUUCGUGUGGCCCGGAAUAAACCGGGAUGUCCGACGUUGGACUCGGGAGUGCCUAUCCUGUCAGCGCUCCAAAGUGCAGCGCCAUACUGUGACCCCUUUAGGAUCUUUCCCCGAGCCGGACACUCGAUUUUCCCAUGUGCAUUUGAACAUUGUCGGACCACUGCCUUAUUGUCAAGGGCAAAACUACUUGCUAACUUGCGUCGACCGCUUCACGCGAUGGCCGGAGGCCAUCCCCAUCCCAGAUAUCACUGCCGAUACGGUUGCACACGCUUUUAUCUGCCACUGGGUAGCGAGAUUCGGAGUCCCAUCGACUGUGACAACGGAUCGCGAAACGCAAUUCGAGUCUGCCCUAUUCGGGAACAUCAUGCGGGUCCUAGAAAUCCGGCGCAUCAGAAGAACGGCCUACCAUCCCAUCAGCAACGGUAUGGUGGAAAGGUUCCAUCGCCAACUGAAGGCUAGCCUGACGUCAACUUCAAGUCACAGUUGGGUCGAGGCUCUACCUCUGGUUUUAUUGGGAAUUAGGUCGGCUCUGAAAGCGGACAUUGGCUGCUGCUCGGCUGAACUCGUAUACGGCACAACACUUCGCCUGCCGGGGGAGUUUGUCGCCGACAGUAAAAACGCAAAUGCCCAGGCCAACAGCGAGUACGCCCUGCGACUGCAGGACAUUAUGAGCAAGCUGCGCCAUGUCCCUCCGCGUCUGCCAGCACCAAGGCCUGUCCACGUCCCCAGUGAUCUCUCCUCCUGUUCUCACGUAUUCGUGAAGCACGACGCUCUGCAGCGUCCACUCCAGCCCCCUUAUGAUGGGCCCUUCAAGGUGGUGAAACGAGGAGAAAAGCACAUCACGAUCGACAGAGGUGGCCGUCAUGACGUGGUCUCGCUUGACUGCGUAAAACCAGCGCACGUGGAUAACAACAGUGAAGUGCGUGCACCACCUCGAGUUCCACAGCCAGAAAGGCUACCAGCAGACCAGACUGAACCAGUCCAACCAUUCGUCGAAAGGUUCACGCGGAGUGGACGACGCACAAGACCUCCGGUGCGAAUGAACUUAUGAACCACAACGUGGUGUUGAC